CCCCUGAGGCUGCAGUCGCUUUGCUUUCGCGCGCAGGCGGGAUCUGGGACCUUUAGGAGCGUGCAGUCGGGUCCGCGGUGGUGAGAGCCAGAAGGCGGUAGGGGUGGGGUUGUCCCCACUGCACAGCAGCUGGUCUGAGGGACGGAUGCGGUGGUUGACAACUGUGCACGAGUCCCGUCUCUGUCGCCGACCUCUUAGGACCCCUCUGUACCUACAGAGUCGGAUGGCGGCGGCCGCGCCCCGGGACCCGACUCAGGGCUGUGUGACUUUUGAGGACGUGGCCAUUGACUUCUCCCAGGAGGAGUGGGGGCUCCUUGAUGAGGCUCAGAGACGCCUGUACCACGAUGCGAUGCUGGAGAACUUGGCACUUAUAGCUUCGCUGGUUUGUUGGCAUGGAAUGGAGGAUGAAGGGACACCUUUUGAACAGAGUGUUUCCAUAGAAGUUUUGUCACAGGUCAGGAUUCCAAAGGCAAGUGCCUCCAUCCAGAAGACUCACCCCUGUGAGAAAUGUGUCCCAAUCCUGAAAGACAUUUUGCACUUGGCCCAUCUACCUGGGCAGAAAGUGUAUGUAGAUGGAGCAUGUGCAGACCUGUACCAGCCUCAAGAGCAUCACAGUGCAGAGAAGAGGGAUGUGGGCAGGGCUUCAUUUAUAAAGAGCUGCAUAUUCCAUGUGUCAGGUAAUCCCUUCACCUGGAGGAAAGUUGGAAAGGAGUUCCCGGACACAUUGGGCUUUCUCCAGCACCAGGUCAUUCUCAACAGUAAGAAGCCAAACAAAAUCACCAAGUGUGGGGAGGCCUUUCCUUGUGGAGAAAGUCAUUACAAAUCAUGUGAAUGUGGGAAAGCCUCCAGCCACAAACACAGCCUUGUUCACCACCCAAGAGUCUCUACUAGAAAAAGGGUUUACGAGUCUAGCAAAUAUGGGAAGGCUUUUCACUGCAAGUACUCACUUGUUCAGCUCCAGAGAUCCCGCACUGGAGAAAGGCCUUACGAGUGCAGUGAUUGUGGAAAAUCUUUUAGGCUAAGGGCCACCCUCAUUAUACACCAGAGAGUUCACACUGGAGAAAAGCCGUAUAAGUGUGGUGAAUGUGGGAAAUCCUUUAGUCAGUGUUCCAACCUUAUUGAACACUGCAGAAUCCACAGUGGAGACAGGCCUUUUGAGUGUGAGGAAUGCAGGAAAGCCUUUGCGUGCAAAUCCAAUCUUGUGAGGCACCAGAGAACACACACUGGAGAAAAGCCUUAUGAGUGCAGUGAAUGUGGGAAAUCCUUCAGACAAAGCUUCACCCUUGUUUGACACCAGAGAAUUCACACCACAGCAAGCCCUUAUGUGUGUGACCAGUGUGGGAAAUCCUUUAGCCAAAGAGCUGCUCUCAUUAGACACUAGAGAAUUCACACCAGUAAAAGGCUUUACGAGUGUGGAGAAUGUGGGAAAGCCUUUGGAUC